AUGGAAGUGGAGUUUCUUUCGGAUGAUAAUGCAUUGUGGACUGAUCUUCUUCGAAUUAGAUAUGGUCAUUUACCCACUCAGAUUUUGGGAAGGGAUAUGUCGUUGGGCGAUAAUAAGUCAUCGAUUUGGUGGAGGGAUAUUAUUGGUCUGGGAAAAGGGAGGGAACCUUACUGUUUUAAUUCAAAUAUACGCAGCUGUGUUGGAAAUGGUUUUAAUAUUGGUUUUUGGAAUUUUAAAUGGUUCGGGAACCAUACUUUUAGAGAUUUAUUCCCUGUUCUUUUUGCAAAAGAAGCUACACAAGAAGCUAUGGUAGCAGAGAGGUUAUUUGGAAAUGGCAGGGAGAGAAUUUGGUCGUGGCAGUGGACUACACCUUUAUCAGUUUGUGAGACGCGGAUGCUGGAUGAUCUUAAGGUUUUGUUGGCUGAUUUUUCUUUACAAGCGAAUGUGCAGGAUACUUGGCGAUGGGUCCCUGGAAACACAGGAUUUUUUUCGGUAAAGUCUUGUUAUAAUUGGUUAUUAGAACAAUGUCAGAUAGAGGAACUAAGUUCUAAUGUGUUGAUUGCUAUUAAAAAGCUAUGGAGGAAUGAUGUACCUUCCGAGGUGAAUUUUUUCGGUUGGAGGUUGUUAUUAGAAAGAUUACCGACGCGAAUGGCACUACAUUAUAGAGGUAUUCUUAAUAACGUGCAUGAGUUAUCUUGUGUAUUUUGUUUUCUUGAUAAUGAGGAUUGCAACCAUCUCUUUUUCCUUUGCCCGUUUAGUAAACGAAUCUGGGAAGCGAUUUUUAAGUGGAUAGGAAAGAGAUUCCCACCGAAUAAUAAAGGCUGGAACCAUUUUGUGCUAUUUGGUGAUAUGGUAAAAUCAAAGAAGGGUGAACGGGUUAGACAUUUGAUUUGGCUGGCAACUUCUUGGAACAUAUGGAAGCUUAGAAAUAGUGUUAUUUUCAAGGGAGCUCUCCCAAAUGCUCUUCUUCUUUUGGAUGACAUUAAAUUCAGUUCUUGGGUUUGGUUUAGUAGUCGGUAUGGCCGAAACUCUAGUUUAUCAUUUCAAGAAUGGUGUCAUGACCCUUUGGGUUGUAUUCAAAGCUUUUAA